GCACCCCAACACAAGAGGCAAGGGAACCAGUAGAGAAUGCAGAUACCUCAGAAACAGAGCAAGCAGCCACCAGUACAAGUAGUACGGUCACUGUCGUAGAAAAGACUGAUGAUACCGUCACCGCGGCAACAGAUAAUACGCCAACUGAAGCUUCGCUGGUCAACAAAUCGGCGGAUUCGACUCCGUCAGCAUCAGCAACUCAGGUUUUGCAGGCUGAGGUUUCACAGGUACCCCUUAACCUAGUCUUGAGACUCAGAAAUGAAAAGAGAGAAUUAAAUGAUAUCAAAUUUGAAUUCACCAUUGGGCAAGACACAGCAGACAGCGUCUCCCGAGAAAUGGUAGAGGCGGGAUUAGUCAACGGAAAAGACAUGAUAGUCGUUGCUGCCAAUCUACAGAAACUCCAAGACUGCCCAGACCUAAAAAAUGUAACCUUUGCUUUAAACUCGGGCUGUAGUCCUAACGAGGCACCUUGUGACAAGACUUUGAUCGGAUUCGCACAAUUAUCAAUUAACGAUGGAUCUGUCGCACCCUUACAAUAAUCCUGAUCAGUCAGAAGCUUCUGUGAUACUAGAUAAUCAUGCACAGUGCCAAGAAUGGAAAAGACUAAGACUGAGGAAUAAAAUUAAUGGAAGAAAUUUAAUGGGACAGCAGUUGCAUAUUAGGGCAAUUUAUGAUAGCAUUUUAUGUCCGCAUUUUUGUUAUUUCAUACUUUUCAAAAAUAGCACAAUGAGACUUGAAAAAAAAAACUCUUUUAAAAGUCUCACAAAAGUUUUUACUGUUUGGCAAGGUAUAAUGGUAAUGUUACUAGAAUAAAGAUUU